UGACAUUAUUGUGAAAUUGUUUAUCGAAAUUGCCUUACUGUUGAAAUUGUUGUCAAAUAAACAGUUUAAACCCCAUGUAAGCCUAUAUAAAGGCCAGUCUACAAUUUAAUUGAGGAAAAGACUUUGUUGAGAAGACUAGAAUGACCGAGAAAGCUAUUGAAAAGUCAGCAUCUGUGGUAGCUGAUUACGACCUGGAGUCGGAAAUCGACAACCACCUACGAAGGAUAUUCUAUAUAAAACCAGUGAAAGAAACUCAUAAUUGUAAACCAUACAUACCGGAAUUCUUUGGAGUUCUAAGCUUAACCGAUGUGCGUUCUCCGGAGCGGAAACUCUGGGUCAUUUACCAUUCCAAGCAGCCGGAUCUGGACAAAACCGUGGACGAGAUACACCAAAAAUAUGGAAAAAAGAACAUGUACGAUCUGUUCCGGAAGCCUGUGUUCAGUGGUCUAGCGCUAAGGGCUAGCGUCAAGAAGCAUUUUGCCCAGCUAAAGUGGUAUACCAAUGGCAAUGUUUUGGAGGCUCCUCCUAAGAGCCAUUUCAAUGACGAGCGUGUAGUAAAGGCCAUAAACGAUCUCCACCACCUCGAGCAGCAGCGCCUCUACAACUACGUUAUGGUGAAGAAUCACUGGUCCAAGCAAUACUCAUAAGCUGGAUCAGCUUUGACCUGUGAUUUAGAUAUAGUUGAAUCCUGUAAUGGUGCCUUGUAAAAGAUAAAUUUUUUAAGCUUAAGACAAUAUAAAAAAAUGAUUUAUUAAAAUAAAAAUCGAAAAAAUAUAUAAAUUUAA